GUAUUUUGCUACCAACAGAUUAAAACAUUUUCGGUGCUGUUGGCUAUUAUCACUUAUGCAUUACGCCAUAUUCUACAAACAAUAUAAGAUGUAUCCAGUAUUGCAUGCAUUUGGGGGAAGUCUUGAUGUUAUAGUCUCUUUCACCUUACAAUAGCCGCUAUAUGGCAGAAACAUGCCGAUGCGACAUUUAAUAAAGCUCACUCCGCCUGUAUUUUAUUCUCUCCUUGCUUUUUGAAAUUCCCUCUCCGUCAAUGACCUGGUUGCCCCAGCGAUGACCUGUGACACGUGACCUUAAUUGUCCAAUCACAAUUGUAAACACGGCUUCAAUAUGGCGGCCCUCGGAAGUGAACAAACUAAACAUAUAUUCCUCAAUCGGAUGUUUUGUGGUCAAACACAUGAAGCAGCGAUGUGAGUGACAGCUUGGAUACAGAUUUAGGGGCAAAAUCGGACCCAGCAUCUGUCAAGAUGUCUGCCUCAAGCACCACACGAUCAACGGUCAGUUCACUGGACACCCCAUCCUCAACAACCACCUCAGGAACUUCGUCCAGUCGAGGACCUGUUCAGUCAGUAUCCAAGACAGAGUAUGUGGCACCAAAACCCAUCACAUCCAACAGUGCUGAGGAGGAGAUACUGAGAGAGAUAUGUGCUUGCAAUGGCCUCAACUACAGCAAGUUAUCAAGUGGUGAAGGAGAAAAUGCUUACAUUAUUGAAAUGUUUUUCUCUGGCUACCCUAAAAUUGUUGGGUUACAAAACUUCCCGAAUCUGCACACCCUGACAAUUGUGGGUCAGACUAUCACCAAGAUAAAUGGAUUAUCAGCUCUCACUAAACUACAGGAACUGUGGCUGUGUGAAUGUCAGAUCAAGAAAAUUGAAAAUGUGGAAGUAUGCAAACAACUGAAGAAACUGUUCUUGUAUGGGAACCAGAUCUCCCUGAUAGAAAAUGUCUCUCAGCUGUCACAGUUGGAAGUACUGUGGCUCAAUGACAACAACAUUACAAACAUUGAGAAUAUGUCUACACUCAUCAAACUGAGGGAGCUGAAUUUGGCUGAAAACAAGAUAGAAAAAAUAGGAAGAUCACUUGAUGCCAAUAUCAGAUUAGAAGAUCUCAACUUGUCUGGCACCAAAGUGUCAUCACUUAAGGACUUGACCAACCUUGCACGGUUCCCUCACUUGAACAGUGUGAGUCUGAAGGAUCCUCUGUACUCCGCCAGUCCUGUGAGUCAGCUGUGUAACUACUCCACACACUUGUUGUAUCAUCUACCGAACCUACUGCGUCUCGACACAUACGACAUCACCGCCAAGCAGCUCAGUGAUCUUGCAGAAACAACUGUGACGAAGAAGAAGAUGUACUACAACAUGAGGCUGAAAGUCAUACGCCGUAAUUUGACAGCUCUCGUCUCAAAGUUGGAGACACACAAGCGCCAUCUGUUGGAGGGACCUUACCAGAGAAUGAGAAAGAUAGUGUUUGCUGUGAAGGAGCUGGAGCGGGAGGUGCAGGAACUGCAGCAGGCAGGGGAGGACCUCAACAUGUGCACCAGCGACACCGAGAGUGAGAAAGAUGCAAAGGAAUCGAAGAAAGUAGUGGAUCACAGCCAUCAUCGAAAGCCUAUCAUGGACAAGUAUGAUGCACUGAAGAGAAGGCUGAGGAAGCUGGAGAGGAAAUGUGAAGAGAUUGAGGGUUACUGUGAAGAGGCUGAAAGUCGUCUUCAUCGGAUGUCAGAUACAUUGAUCAGCAGGUUCAUGAUAGAACUGGAGACAGGGGGAAAUGUCCGCUUUGAAGAGGGGUCGUCAGCUGACAUCUGGUUUAGUUCCUGUCAUGAUCUGGUGCUGUCGAGGUUUUGUGCAGCCGACUACAGAGAACAGGGCAUUAUGGGUAUCAAGCUGCAUCGCAUCAUUCGCGUCCGCAAUCGGAUACUAAGAGCAAGAUUCGAUGAAAAACUGGCCAACAUUACUGAUGAGAAGGAUAAUGAAUUCUACCCUCUCAGCAAGAACCCCACACACAAGAAGCUGCUGGAGUACUUGUUCUGGAUGUGGGACCCUGAUAUAGCUGGAGGAGCUACAGAGAUGGCUCGGGUCCUAGAGGAGGGAUUCCCUGAUGCAGACAUGUACCAGAAACUUGGUCGAGAUGGUGCUGUCCCCUUAAGUAACAGUUUAAGCCUGGCUGACCGCCGCCGCAUCAACUGUCUGAUGAGACAGUCUAAAGACAAGGAAGCUGCUGACUCCUGCCCUUAUAGAUAUGGUCAGCUGGUGGUAGCCAAAGUGUACCUGGGGAAAAGUAUGUCAGCCAUGGAUGACAGAUCUAUAUCAAAAUCUGCAUAUCACAAGAUAGAUGCAAUAUUCAAACCAAGAAGGAAAGUUAUUCCAAAUGAAAAGAAAGAUGGUGAGAACAGUUCAUGUGAGUGCAGCGCCCGGCAGUGUGAGUGGUACAUCUUCGAUCAUGAACUGGUACUUCCUGAGUACAUCAUAGAGUUUGAGUACAUCACACGGAGCAAAUGCAAAUCCCCAUUUUCUGGUCUGAGUGAUGAGCUGCUGGAGAACAAGCCGGUGAAACUAGCAAACCUGGGGGGUGGGGAGGACGUGCACUCAGAGGAGGAUGAGGAAAUCUUUAACAUGGAGCCCACAAUCAAACAGAGACCAAGGCUAGUCACACUGAAUGAUGAACUCUUGCUGAAAAUAUCCAAGUGUGAUGCUCUGGCCAAUAUCACAGUGCUCAAUCUCCAUGGAAAUGGGCUGACAAAACUCAAGCACCUGCAGUCUCUAUCAGCACUGAGGAAACUCAUUGUCCCUUUUAAUGAGCUGACACGAUUAGAGGACCUAGCACACAUGUCACUGGAGUACUUGGAUGCCAGCUUCAACAAGAUCAUAACACUUGAGGGGAUGAAGGGUCUGUCUCGCCUGAAGCAGCUGGACAUCAGCUGGAACCGACUGACCAACACGCGAGAGGAGCUGUCCAUUCUGCGCAAACACAUGUCGGGUCUGAAGACUCUUAACAUGAGAUACAACCCAUGGCUUAAGCCUGACGGAUUACGCCUGCGUGUCAUUGGUCGGUUGAAGUCCCUCACCCUGCUAGAUGACCAGCCUGUGACAGAGGAAGAGGCUACUGCUGCCCUGAGAGUAGCAGCAGGGUCUCGCAUCUCCCAGCUCUCCCUCCUCACCCAGUCCCGCGUGGACGCCACCACACCACGCUCACUCAGCCUCAACACCACCGCACAGAUCGUACUGCACAUGAGCAGACAGAAGCCGGAGAAGUUCGGAGAGCAUGAUACGUCGUGGUAUCUGAAAGUGUCCACACUCAACCUGGAGGGCCAGCACAUCACGAAGCUGUCCAACCUAGACAGGCUGGAGAACUUGAAGUGGGCAUCCUUCAGUAACAAUGACCUGACUAAGAUAGAGGGCCUGGAUUCCUGUGUCAAUCUGGAAGAGCUGUCACUGGAGAACAACUGUAUUGUGAAGGUAGAGGGCCUGGCCAAACUGACCAAACUUAGGCGACUUAGUCUGGGCUACAACUACAUCAACACACUGGACAAUGCUGCCUUCAGCAACCUCACUCACCUGUGUUAUGUGUCACUUGAGAACAACAGGCUUACCUCCCUUCUCGGUCUCCAGAGGGCGACGUGGCUAGUGGAGCUCUAUGUUGGCAACAACUUAAUCUCCAACAUCAGAGAGGUCUUUUGUCUCAAGAUGCUGCCAAGCCUAGUCAUCCUGGAUUUGUUUGGCAACCCAGUAGCUGUGGAUGUGGACCAUUAUCGUCUCUUCGUCAUCUUCCAUCUGAAAACUCUCAAGGCUCUCGAUGGAUGUGCAAUAGAAGCUUCGGAGGGGAAUUUGGCCAAGGACACAUUUGGAGGGCGACUGACAGCUGACUUUGUUGCUGAGAAACUGGGUCAUUCAAAUUUCCACGAAGUUCGGGAACUGGACCUACCAAACUCCUCGAUCAGAACUGUGGACCUUGGCACAGGGGAGCAGUUCCUUAACCUCAGAAGUGUGAACUUGGAACACAACAACCUGACGUCAUUCACAGGGUUGGUCCAUCUUGUCAACUUGAGGGUGUUGUGCCUGAAUCACAAUCACAUCGAGUGUAUCCUGCCCCGGUCAAAAGCCACCAACACCAAGCAGAAGUUUCCGACGAGCAGCAUCCCCUCAAAGAACCUCGAGUUCUACACAGAAUCAUUUACACCAGUAUUGGAAUCACUGGAGGUCCUCCAUCUUGGAUACAACUGUAUAAAAGACAUGGGAGCCCUGCAGCUGAGUCGUCUUCCUGCUCUGAAAGCACUCUUCUUACAGGGGAAUGAAAUCACAAAAGUUGAGGGUUUGGAUGGCUUGCAUGAUCUACGUGAGCUGGUCUUAGAUCGAAACAAAAUCAAGGGAGUAUCUGAGUUGGCCUUCAUCAAUCAAUGGAAUCUAGUGGAACUUCACCUUGAGGAGAACAGAGUCCGCGACCUAUCCAACCUCAGUAGUCUGGAGAACCUGCAGAGACUGUAUCUAGGAUCUAACAGAAUACAGGAUUUGUCAGAACUGGAGAAGCUGGACUCUCUCUCUAACUUGGUGGAGAUUUCCAUAGUUAACAAUGUGAUAUCUCGGCGCCUAAUGCACCGACCAAUGCUGGUGUUCCGCAUGCCACAGCUAGUGGUUAUUGAUGGCCUUCCUGUUACUGAUGAGGAACGCGCGAAGGCGGAGCUGUACUUUGCUGACCAGCAGGUAUACUUCCAGCCAACUGGUACCACAACCACCACGGUGGAGGCAACGCUUCCUGGUAUUGGUCAGUACAAGACCUCUGUGCCAGUGAAAGUGACCAAUGUCCAGUUGUCCUCCCCACCAAUGUGGAGUGGGGCAGUCUAUUACGAUGAGGCUACAGACUCUAAUGUCCAAAGAGGUGGAGGUAGACGACGGGGGGUACCAAAGAAUGAUGUUGGCGGCAAUGGUGGGGGGCGGACAGGGGGUAACAGCAUGGCCUACCAGCACCUCAGCAGUCAGCAGAACUAUGGCUACAACAACAGCAACAGGAAUGGCGGCCAGUUCUCCUAUCUCAGUAACCAGGCGCCCUACUCAGCUCAGAGCACAGCUGACUAUGUGGAGAGUCUGGCUAGAAUGAACAAUGUACGCAACAACAAGAGAUAGCCAGAAAGGGAGAUUGUGAAGUCCUACAGUUUUCACUUUUCAGACAAUAUGUUUUUUAGUUUACCAUAAUCAUGACUAAGUGAAUUCUGUCUUUCUUGUGGUGAAGGAGGUGUGUCACUUGUAGGGUUCAGGGACAAAUUAUUUUGCUGUUUUAAUAUUCAAAACAUGUAAUGGUAAGUUGUAAUAGAUAUAUUCAAACAGUUGACAUGUAUAUAUUCUUUACAAGUUAUGGUUAUAUUUCAAUCAAUUUCACAAAGUGUAAUUUGCUAAAAUGUGGCUCGAAAUAAUUGUAAAUUAUUUGUACAUUGAAAUCUAUUCACAUUGCCAAAAUAACUGUGAUGACCUAUGCUGCCAGUAUUGUUGUAGAUAUCUUCCUUAAGGUGAUUGUUACAAGUUAUAGUACCAUGUUUCAGCAUUAAGCACAGUGCUCUAUCAGUACCCUGUAAGAUAACACCAGUGUUUCAGCCAGGAUUUGACCCAAACUGUGCCAGCUGAAACAUUACUUUUCAAAAAGGGUGCCAGGUGAAUGAUGACACAGAAUGGUACAAGUGCUGUUCACGGUUGCCCCUUCUUCCUGUGCUAACUAAUAAACACAUCUCCCAGCAGCAAUUAAUUGAUCAUUUUUCUGUGAAACGCUAUUUUCCAUAAAUGGUACAAGUUCCCAGAAACGGCUAUUGAUGACUACAUUUUCGUUCUAAGAAUCAAGAUGCCAAUGUUAAAUCUUUAAAGUCAGAUGCAAAGUUUUUAGCAUUUUGAAAGACUGGUUCUAAAAAUAUUUAGUCAAGAUCUCCUACUAUAAAUGUAACAUUACUGAUAGACCUGGGUCACUGUUUUCACGAAUUUGAGUGCGGGAAGUAUGGGUCCUGGCUGAUGCACUGUAUAAUCCAAAUGUCUUGUUAUUAUACUGAUAUUUUGAAGAAGUAUUCAGAUGCUUAACCUAGUUACUGUCAAAACUCAGUGGAAUAGGUUAUGUGCCCUGGGUGUUUAAUGUCAAAUAUGGCACUUUAACAAAGGGGCUCCCUAUUUAUGAAUGCCAUUCCGUCCUGUGUUAUUGAAUGUAAUUCUGUUGCCAGUUGUGUCUGUGAUAUAUUGCUCAAAACACUGUUCAUGUAGCAAAGAGGUAUUCCAACUGAAAGAUUGUUUUAAGUAAGAUUUUUAGCAUUUUGUUGAUUUGUCCAUGAAUUGUCUCAUCCUUGUCCAUGAAUUGUGACUGCAUUUAGGACAUUACUUCGUACUCAUCUUGGAACAUUAAAAUUAAAAUUGCAUUUUUUCAUUGUCACAAUACUCAUUACUAUCAAAUUGUAAUAUUUAAUGUGUACCAAAAUGGGUUGAAGUGUGCAAUGGUUUUAAUUUUUUAACUGAUCCAUCAAACUGAAAUUCAAGUCAGAACAUAACAGCCAGUCAGUUUUGAAAUUAUUGUUUUUGUCUUCCUUUCAGUUUUGUCUUUAGUUUUUAUCAGAGGUGAUGUUUUGAUGAUUGUUUUAGAAGCCAUGUACACAUGUGGUCAUAUUAAAUGCAGCAUGUUAUACUGUUAAUUCACUUUGUGUUGUGAAGAUGUUGAAUCAAGAAAGGGAUAAGGUCACAAGCCAUGUUUAUCAGUAUUUAUUAGAGACACCGAAAACAGUAUUCUGAAUGAAUAUUACAACUUUGAAAUCUU